AUGGCCCGGGGCGACAAAUCGCCAAUAAGUGAUUCGAGUGAAGAUGAUUAUUUAGAAGAAGAAAGUUUGUCGAAAAAAAGAAAGAAAUCUCCAUUAAAAAAGAAAGUUCCAGCUAAGAGAGAAAGAAAGGAAGUACCCCAAAAAGCUGAAGAAAUAGCCAAAAGCAUACAAAAUGAAAACGGAUCUGACGCUGAAUUAGAUGAUGAGUUCAGAUUCGCAAUUAACGAUGAUGAUCUUCUUAAUAUGGAGAUACCCCCUAAGCCAGAGCCAUGUAUGAGAGCUGAUGGUACAGGAGCCCGAUUGAUGAUACGAGAAAUUAUUGCAACUAACUUCAAAUCCUAUUAUGGAAGUCAACGAAUAGGUCCUUUUCAUAAGAAUUUCUCUGCUAUCAUUGGUCCUAAUGGUUCAGGUAAAAGUAAUGUGAUUGAUUCCCUUCUUUUUGUGUUCGGUUUCCGGGCGAAUAAAAUUCGUCUGAAAAAAUUAGGAGAUUUGAUUCACAAUUCAUCUGGAAAAGAAAGACCACGUUUCUGUACCGUCGAAGUCAUCUUCCAAAAAAUUAUCGAUACGAGCGACGGAGAAUUCGAAAUCGUUGAUGGAUCUGUGUUCAGUGUUGCUCGAACUGCUUACAACGAUAAUACCAGUAAAUAUACAAUUGAUGGAAAAACACGUUCUAUCAAAGAUGUGGUCAAUAAGCUGAGAGAAGUAGGAAUUGAUUUAGUCCACAACAGAUUCCUCAUUCUUCAAGGAGAAGUAGAACAGAUCGCCAUGAUGCAGCCAAAAGCAGCUAACCCUAACCAAGAAGGCAUGUUGGAAUAUCUCGAAGAUAUCAUUGGAUCGAGUCGCUUCAAAGUACCUAUAGAUAAACUGGCGGUUAAGCUAGAUCAACUGUCAGGUCUUCGUUCCCACCAAACGCAAAAGGUGAAACAAGCUGACAAAGAAGUUCAAAGUCUUCAACAACCUGUCAGCGAAAUGUUAACGUUCUUACGAACAGAAAACAACAUUUCUUUAUUAAAAAACAAAUUAUGCUAUUUGAAAAUGCACAAAUUCCAACGUGAAGUGGAGAAACGUGAUGUUCUACUCGCCGAGUUAAAAACUGAAAAAGCGGAAAUCGAAGGAAAGUUGGAAAAGCUUGGAGAAGCUAGAAAAACUUCGGAAUUGGAAGUUCAAGCUGUUGAACAGGAGAAGAGCGUUCUGAUGAAGAACUUGGAAAAAAUUCAAGCGAUUCUCACCGAAUUAGAAGCUAAGGAAACUAGAAGAACGAUUGAUUUGACUAGAGUUAACAAAGACAUUAACAACCUUAAGAAGUCUUCUGACAAAGAACGCGCAGCUUUGAAAGAACUCGAAGAAAUUCCUGAGAAAGCAGCGGAUGAAAUUGAGGCUUUGGAGAAAAAAAUAGAGAAGUUCGAGAAGAUAGUCGCCGAAAAUGAAGAGAGGGCUGAUGACAAUCGUCCACUCUUUGAGCAGAAAAGUGCUCCUGCACGUGAAAAAAAACAGAAGAUUGAGGAGGAGUUUGGUAUUAAACAGACUGCCGUCGAUGAAAUUAGUAGCAAGGCCGCAAUCGCGAAACAAGAGUAUGAGCUGUCUACUGCCGAAGCCGAGAAAAUCAAGAAACGCAUUGGAGACAUCAACGCUCAAUUGGAGUCAAACACGAAAGCGUUUGAGGAAAAGAACCAAGACCUCAAAGAAAUUCAAACGCAGUUGCCGCAAAAGGAGAAGGAGCUCAGUGAAGAGAGAAAGAGAGUUCCGGUUUUGAAAGCUGAACUUGACAAACUGAAUUCUGAAGUGCACUCCCUUCGCAGUAAAGUGUCUGAAGAGUCGAACUUCCUUAACUCUAAAGGAGAGGGUAAUAGAACCAUUAAGUAUUUGAAGUCCUGUCAGGAGAAAGGAGAACUCGAAGGCUACUAUGGUCGACUGGGAGAUCUCGGAGCCAUUGAUCCAAUGUAUGACGCAGCCAUAUCUACUACUGUUCCUCAAUUGAACUCGCAUAUUGUUGAAACUAAAGAUGGAGCCAUGAAAUCAAUUAAUUUGCUCAUCAAAGGCGGUAUUGGCAGAACGAAUUUCAUGAUUGUGAACCAAGUCGCUAACCAAGUAUCUGAUAGUCAUAUGAAUCGUCCCGCCAAUCACUUCCCUGCUCCUCGUAUGUUUGAUCUCAUCAAAAUUCCUCAAGAAAAAAUGAAGAAAGUGUUCUACAGUGCAAUUCGUGAUACCUUGGUUGUGAAAGACUUGGCGGAAGCCAAGAAGAUCGCUCAGGAACAAGCAUCCAAAGGAAACCGAAAUAAGUAUCGCUUCGUUACUUUGAAUGGAUCUGUCAUGGAACAUACUGGAGCUAUCACUGGAGGAGGAAAACCCAAAAAGGGCAUGAUGGGAACUCAGGUGAAGAAUAUUGAUGACGAAAAAAAUAUUCGCGAGAAACUAACAUCAAUGAGUAAAGAUAUCGAAGAGAAGAAUGAGCGUAUUCAAAAGCUUAAUGAUGAAUCUAGACAGGUGGAUCAGAACAUCUUCCACUGUACUAGUGCUAUCAACAAGCUAACUGAGCGAAACAGAACGCUCAAGAACGAAGUUCCGAUUUUGAAAGAUAAAAUCUCAAACUUAGAGAAACAGUUGGAGUUCCAGAAGAAACAAGCCUCAACUCAUACAAUCGAUGAAGAACUUGUUCAAGAAAAGAGAGAAGCUGUCGAUAAACUUAUUGCUGAGAAGGAAAAAGCUAUUGAAGAACAAAAGGAAGUUAAGGAGGAAUUAUCUAAAAUCAGCGAGAAGCUGGAACUCUUAUGGAAAGAGUUGUGUGGAGAUUACCAACAAAAAGCAGAGGAUGCCAAGAAGAAGUUGCACAAUGCUGAGCAAGAAAUCGCCAAGACCAAAAGUAAACUGAAUAGUGUUGAAUUCGAUAAGAAGAAGGUGGAGAAGAAGCUAAGCUCUCUACUGGCCGAUCUUGAAAAGAAAACAAGCUGGAAGGAAGAGUUAGUUGGUACAGAAGAGGAGUACAAAGAACAGAUCAGCACCCAGAAAGAGGAGAAGGAAAAAGCUGAGACUCUAACCAAAGAGAUGGAUAGCAAGAUUAAGGAACUCCGUUCUUCGUAUUCACAUAUGAAUGAGGAGGAAUCCGCCAUACAAAAAGAUUUGAUUGAUUGCAAGGAGAAAUUAGGAACAGUUGAAGCAGAACAUUAUGCUUUCCAAGAUGAAAUUAAGAAACUCAAAAGAGAAAUUGGAGGAUUAAAACUUCAUGAUAUGAAGCAGUAUGAUGUGCCAAAGAAAGUUCGAACCAUGACCAAAGACCAUUUCUUGGAUCAAUCUCUGGAAAUGGAAGGAGAGGAAUUGAUACGGCAGAAAGAAGCAGAAGGAGAGAGUGCAGAAGACGAAGAAGCUGAGAGCAAUGAAGAUGAAGACGAUAAUGAAGCUGAAGCUCCACAGGAUGUGGACUGUUUACCAGAGCUCACUCCCGAAGAUCUGGCUGAUGAGUCCAAAGACCGUUUGCUGUUUAGAAUUGAUAAGCUCCAAAAAAGGAUAACCGCGACAAGAAAGAACAUCAAUAUGAAUAUUUUGAAAGAGUUCUCAGCUAAGUUGCAAGCAUAUGAAACCGAAAUGGACAGUUUGGAUGGAAUCAAGAAGAACUACAACAGUCACGGCAACCUUCUAGAAUCUUUGAAGAAGCAGAGAAUGGGCGAGUUCAUGGAAGGGUUCGAAAGGAUCGGUUUAGCUCUAAAAGAAAUGUAUCAAAUGAUUACUCUUGGUGGUGAUGCAGCUCUUGACUUGAAAGACUCCAUGGACCCGUUCUCUGAAGGAAUUCAGUUUAUGGUGCGACCACCGAAGAAAUCGUGGAAAAACAUUGAAAAUCUCUCUGGAGGAGAAAAAACUCUUUCAUCUCUUGCUCUGGUGUUCGCUUUACAUCAUUAUAGACCUACUCCAUUAUAUGUGAUGGACGAAAUUGAUGCUGCUCUCGAUUUCCGUAAUGUAUCUAUCAUCGGUCACUAUGUUAAGGAUCGAACAAAGAAUGCUCAAUUCAUUAUUAUCAGUUUACGAAACAAUAUGUUCGAGUUAGGAGAUAGACUAAUCGGUAUUUACAAGACAAACGACUGUACUAAAAAUGUUGUGGUUGAUCCAAAACAAAUCAUGGAACAUGCUAAGAAAUACAAAAAGACUUUGGAUGAAAUGCAUUCCAAGGUCUCUGUCACAAGCCAUUGA